AUGGCCGCCGCAACUGCAUCCACCUCUCAUCAGUCCUUGAACCCGACAGUCGAGGACUAUGACAGCGAUGUCGACAGUGUCAAAGUCUCCAACUUCAAUAGGCCACCAUCCGCUAGCCAGGCAAACGUCACCGCCAAAAGAUCGCACCCCUCCGAUCUAGGCGUCGACAAAUCCCCUCCCACCGAAAAGGUCGUCUUCAGCGACCGCCAAAGCGACUCUGGGUAUUCCAGCCAUACCGCCGCGACCGUGAGCAGCGCUGACUCCGCCCUCAGUGCAAACUCGCAAAGCCCGCCCGUCGCUCCGGUCCAUCUGGAAGACCCUGAACCACUCCUCCCAACUCCUCCCAGCCCUGCCCAGAGGAGACCGACCUUGGGUGACGACCGCAGGCGAAGCAACCAGACCAGUCCCGUCAAGCCUCUCCAGCGAGCUCCCUCGGUCUCGUCCAGGAACAGGCCCGCUAGGGAGCGUCGCCCAACCGAAUCUAGGAGUGUCGACUGCACCGACCCAACCUGCAAAAAGUGCGUCUCCUCCACUGGCCCUACCACCUCCACCUCCACCACCCGUGGUCGUCGCCCCGUUCCGCCUCAUCUCGAUUCCGCUGUGGACGUUUCCUAUCCGCCCUCGACGCGCUCAGAUCCCGUCGCGCCCUCCUAUACCUCUCCUAAUUCCCCGACCUACACCCGACAGGCUUCGUACAUGCACGGCUCAACAGUUGUCCAACCUGCUACUACAACUACACGUCGACGCUCGUCAUCCAACGCCCGUGCUCGGCCCCAGAGCUACCACGGUGACCCCAGGCAGCCCGGCUACUCCUAUAACAUGUCCAACGUGCCCGCCCCCUAUCCGUCUCCUCCACAAGAAAUAUCUCAACCACAUGGUCCUCCACCUGCCAUGUCUGCUCACUUCGUCAUGCAACACCCAGGCCAACAGCAUCCCGCAAUGCAACAACAGUACGGCGGCCAGGUACACCCAAUGUACCAACCUCCCAUGCCGGGCAUGCCCCAUGGCUACUACCCGCCGCAUCAGAUGCAGCAGACCUCACCACCGUACGAGCCGCAGCGACCUCACAUGCCCACUCGCAACAGCUCCGCCAGCUUUAACGCUCGUGGUUCCAUGUAUGGUCAGCCUCGCGUCACCCAAGAACAGAAGGCUCUUCCCUCGGCUCGCUAUGCUCCCCAGCCACAGGUCCAGCAGGCCCUCGUCAGGCAGGAGCCCCUCCCCCAGAAGCAACUCAAGUACACUGGGGAGUCAGAGAGCGAAUACUCGUCUUCCGAGGGAGAACAGGAGGAGGAAGAGGAGGAAGUCGAUGAACGCCGUCAGAGGAGGAACAGCCGUGCUCUGAUGCCGCCUCCAAAGCUCACGCCAGCCCCUGUUCAGCAGAACCGUCCGAGCCCCCAGCGUCGUCCGAGCCUCCACCGCCGCCCCAAUACGACUCCCCAAAUCUAUCCGUCGGAGCGACGCGCAUCAGUGUCUCAGCCCCACAUCCUUUCCGAGCGUCCUCGAGAGCAGAGAGAGUCACGACCCUCACGAGCAAACUCUUCUGCCCAGGCUCGAGCUCAGUCGAAGGCUCGGCCCUCGAUGCCCCUCAAGACACAGUCAGCCUAUGAUACUCGGGAUGCCAGGGUCAUUGUCGAGAAUGGGAAGCCCCGUCGUCGCAAAAUCCAAGCAUAUGAUGUCGACUACAAUGUCGAGGACAAACGCCGUUCGAGGGUCUACGACUUCGAGGACAAGCCUCGACAAAAGGUUAUCGAAGUCGAGGAUCGACGCCGUCCCAGAAACUACGAGGCUAUCGAGAGACGCCGGUCACAUGUGGCCGCCGUUGAGGGCAAACGCCAGUCGAAGAUCUAUGUGGAGAGCCUUUCUGACGACUCCGAGUCCGACGAUUAUGACGACGUACCUCCUCAGCGCCGCCGCGUCCAAGAAGUCUACCAAGACGAAAGGCCUCAGCGUCGCCGCAAGGAAGACAUGUACGCAGAUGAUGUCGCACCACAACGCCGCCGUAAAGAUGACUUCUACGAGGAAGAAGAGGUGAUGCCUCUUCAGCGUCGCCGCAAGGAGGAAGUCUACGACGAGGAUGCCAUUGUUCCAGCACCUCGCCGACGCAAGGAGUUCUACGAGGAAGAGCCUGCUCCACAGCCCCCGCAGCAGCCACUCCGCCGCCGCAAGACAGUUACUGAGCACGACAGUCGUCCGUCGCGACAGGCGAAGAUGCAGGAUGCUGUGAACGACAUCGAAGCAUAUCAGAGGCAGACUCGCGGAAACGAUGUUCCCUUCAACGACCUCACCCACAGGGCCGCCAAGCGCACUUCUCGAGUGGUGAGACCUGGUGACGAUGAUGAUGAGGAUGGCUCCUCGCACAGUGGAGGCAAGACCCGCAUCAGCCAGUCGAACCGUACCACUGUUACCAAUGGGAACAACGGUGACAUCCGAUUGAGGAUCGAUGCCUCCAACCCGAUCAGCCUACACCUCCCUGGCGACAUGGAAGGCCGGACGCUUCAAAUCAACCCGGCUGAGGACGGCAUGGCCGACAUUGUCAUCGCCAAUCAGCGCGAUACCGAAAGUACCUACCGCAGCGAAAGAGGUAGCAUGUAUGGCACGAGAAGGGCCAUCACCAGUUCCGACCAGGCCAGACGGGAGGCUGAAGUUCAGUCAAUGAGGAGCGUCCGUACUUCCAACAGCAGACGUGAGGAACGGAAGCCACUUCGCCGUUCGCGACGAGACAUUGAGAUCGACGAGCGGUGA